CCGACCUCCCUUCAGGCACAUACCACCAUGGCGCCUACAUUAUACGUAUGGCCAGGCGAAUGGGGACUCCCGUCGAUGGACCCGUCGUGUUUGGCGACAAUCCUCUACCUGCAGCUCGCCAUACCGGGCAAGUUCACCGUCAGCCAUUGCAUGAACCCGGACCUCUCCCCGACGGGGCAACUUCCCUUCCUACGUGAUGGUACCACGGAGGUCUCUACCCUACCCGCUAUCCUCGAUCAUGUGUCGACCGAGCGCGACCUGAACGCGCUCGCAGGCCUGAGCCCUACCGAGCGCGCACAGCUAGUCGCUUGGUCCGCCCACGCGCAGCUGAACCUCGGAGACCUUGUCUCUCAUGUAUUCUUUUCCGUGAACCAGAACUGGAACACGCUCACACAUCCUGCCCUCGCCAAGCGCCUCCCCAUACCCCAGCGCUACUACAUGCCUGGGCGCAUACGUGAAUUGCACAGGCCGCGUUUAACUACGACUGGCCUAUGGAACCCUGGUGCGGACGCCUCUGAGAGGAAACCCUUGAAGGAGGUCGUGAAGCCACGACCUUCUCAAUCCGCGUCAUACGCGCGCGCUUUUGAGCGGGAGAAGGCGAGCAAAUGCGGAGCUCUCGAGAAAGCCCGCUCCUCGCUCGACGUGUACGCGAGACGACUGGAAAACCACAAGCUCUUCUUCUCUAGCCUCACCACUCUAGACUUCAUUGUCGCUGCGCACGUUCUCCUGCUCGUCGACCCGCCAUUUCCCGAGAACAUCCUCCGCGACCUCCUAAAUAACUCAUACCCGACGCUCGUGGCACACGCGCGACAUGUCCUCGCACUUGCAACGCCGUUGUCUGUUCCGGUGGAUGAGGCGCAGAGCUUCAGUGUUCCGUCCCUUCUACCGACGCUUCUGUUGGCGCCAGUGACUGCCUGAGCCACCCCUGUCUGCAUCUGUGGAGUACGUAGAAAUUCAUGUUGCUGUCGGAAUAUGGAGUCGUUUGGAAGUUAUGAA